GUGUGGGGCAGGGCCAGCUUAAGGCUGCCAGCUCCAGGCGGUGGGGAAAUCCAGAGGGCAGAGCAGCCUGCACUGUAGACGGCCCUUGCUCACUGCCUGCCUGCAGCCAGCUCUGUACAAGGCAGAAUGGCUCCGAGGACAGGUGGCCCAGCCCUGGUGGUGCUUCUGGCUUUCUGGGUGGCACUGGGCCCCUGUGACUUGCGAGGGACAGACCCUGGAGCAUCAGCAGAUGCUGAGGGCCCCCAGUGCCCCAUCAUGUGUACCUGCAGCUAUGACGAUUUCACGGAUGAGCUCAGCGUCUUCUGCAGUUCCAGGAACCUCACGCAGCUGCCUGACGGCAUCCCCGUCAGCACCAGGGCCCUGUGGCUUGAUGGCAACAACCUCUCCUCCAUCCCCUCGGCGGCCUUCCAAAACCUGUCUAGCUUGGACUUCCUCAACCUGCAGGGCAGCUGGCUGAGGAGCCUGGAGCCACAGGCACUGCUGGGCCUGCAGAGCCUCUACCACUUGCACCUAGAGCGGAACCUGCUCCGGAGCCUAGCUGCCGGCUUGUUCACGAACACACCAAAUCUAGCUUCCCUCAGCCUGGGCAACAACCUCCUGAGCCGGCUGGAAGGGGGGCUAUUCCAAGGCCUCGGUCAUCUUUGGGACCUCAACUUGGGUUGGAACAGCCUAGUAGUAUUGCCUGACACAGCAUUCCAGGGCCUGAGCAACCUCCGUGAGCUGGUGCUGGCUAGCAACAGACUGGCUUACCUGCAGCCGGCACUCUUCUGUGGCCUGGGUGAACUGCGGGAGCUGGAUCUGAGCAGGAAUGCGCUGCGCAGCAUCAAAGCCAACGUCUUCACUCACUUGCCCAGGCUACAGAAGCUGUACCUGGACCGCAACCUCAUCACAGCUGUGGCCCCCCGUGCCUUCCUGGGCAUGAAGGCACUGCGUUGGCUGGACCUGUCACACAACCGAGUGGCCAGCCUCCUGGAGGACACCUUCCCAGGCCUGCUGGGCCUGCAUGUUCUGCGUCUGGCGCACAAUGCCAUCACUAGCUUGCGGCCUCGUACUUUCAAAGACCUCCACUUCUUGGAGGAACUGCAGCUUGGCCACAAUCGCAUCCGGCAGCUGGGCGAGAGGACAUUCGAAGGCCUGGGGCAGCUGGAGGUGCUGACGCUCAAUGACAAUCAGAUUCAUGAGGUCAAGGUGGGUGCCUUCUUUGGCCUCUUCAAUGUGGCUGUUAUGAACCUCUCUGGCAACUGUCUGAGGAGCCUCCCAGAGCGGGUGUUCCAGGGUCUGGGCAAGCUGCACAGCCUCCACCUGGAGCACAGCUGCCUGAGCCGCAUCCGCCCGCACACGUUCGCUGGCCUCACAGGGCUGCGCCGGCUCUUCCUCAGGGGCAACAGCAUCUCCAGCAUCGAAGAACGGAGCCUGGAAGGGCUGUCUGAGCUCCUGGAGCUGGACCUCACCGCCAACCAGCUCGCACAGCUGCCCGGCCAGCUUUUCCGGGGCCUCGGCCAGCUGGAGUACCUGCUUCUCUCCCACAACCAGCUGUCGGUGCUGCCCCAGGAUGUCCUGAGCCCACUGCAGCGCACCUUCUGGCUGGACGUCUCCCACAACCGCCUGGAGGCACUGGAGGAAGGCCUUUUCUCACCGCUGGGGCGGCUGCGCUACCUCAGCCUCAGGAAUAACUCCCUGCAGACCUUUGUGCCACAGCCGGGCCUGGAGCGCCUGUGGCUGGACGGCAACCCCUGGGACUGCCGCUGUCCGCUCAAGGCCCUGCGGGACUUUGCCCUGCGGAACCCCAGUGCUGUCCCCCGCUUUGUUCAGACUGUCUGUGAGGGGGAUGACUGCCAGCCGGUGUACGCCUAUAACAACAUCACUUGUGCUGGCCCAGCCAAUGUCUCAGGCCUUGACCUACGAGACAUUAGCGAAACCCAUUUUCUGCACUGCUGACCCUGGCUACUUCCUGGCCUGGUCCGGCCGAAGGCUGCCUUGCAGUCGGGACAGUGUCUCAUUGUUACCAGAAUAAGCUGGCUCCCAAAGCCAGUGGGGAUGGAGAAUACCCGCCCAUCUCCAGGGGACAGGUCCUGGCUGCUCACUUCCUGCAAGCUGGGCAGUACUGGCAGCUAUGUGGCCUAAAAGGGUGGGCACAGGCUAAGUGCCCAAGGGCCCAGCCAGGAGGGGAAGUGCUCAGCAGCACUCCCUGCUGGCGGCAAUUAAAAGCAAGCGCUAUGCAAAGCUUGUGACCUUGAGUGUGCACUUGGGAGAGGUGACCCUUCCUUGUCCCUGCCCCAUCUAUCCUGUCUUAGCUCUGCCUGAGCCAGUCUGCAGCUUGCUGGCAUUGGGAACAUGUGUCCUACUUCAUCUGCACCGCUUCUUGCGAUGCCCCAGUCCUUCUGAGCUUCAUUUGACCCUUUUCUCCAACCCAAGGAACUACAGGCACUUAACCGCCAGAUCCUGGCAUUGCAUCCCUCCCUUGGGGCACUAUAUUGGGGCCAAGGGGGGUUCUCACUGUCCCAGUCUGAGCUGUGGAAGUUACCAACUUGCCCACUGUUAACAGUGAGUGCUGGGGGUGGGGGCAGGUGGGAGUUGGGGAUAGCCUUCCUGUCUGACUGCAGAACCACCCCCUUUCCAGGUUCCCCAGGCCCCCAGUCUCUCUUGAAGACCUCAGCUUUGGCCCAGGAAGGAACAUGACAGGCCACCAUCUACUUUCCAGAGCGUUCUUUCCUGACCUUUCCAGGAAGGAGGAGGAAGGGCUCUGUGGCUUGGCCCGCACUUGAACUCUUACCCUGUGGCCUCCAGCUGCCUCAGUGAUGUCUGAAAACACAACAUGCCAACCCCAGCCCCCUAGACAAGACAGAUGUCUUCACCGUGUCUUCAGGCCCUCUACAUCUUUACUAAUACUGCUUGUUCCAGUUCUGAAACGGGGAUCAAGAGCCACCUCACUGGGGACACAGGACCGGAUGCUGGGCUCUUCACAGGGUGGGGUAACGGGUUUAACAGCGGAGUCCUGUAGGAUACCAGAUGCCUGUAAACCACACAGUGCGUCACAGAAGUCUCCACAGCACAUGUGGGCGCUCAGGGACAGUCAGGAUGAGCAAGUACUAGGCAGCUCAUGUGUGGUGUGGCUGUCAGAGCAGCCUGUCAACCUAGGCUGGAGGUUAAGGCUACUACCAUCUCAAGAAACUAGGACCCCGCUGGGCAUGGUGGCACACAUCUGUCAUCCCAGCACCCAGGGAGGCAGUGACAGGCCAGCCUGGUCUAUAAAGUAAGUCCAGGACUGCCAAGGCUACAAAGAGAAACCCUGUCUCAAAAAAACAAAAACCAAAACAAAAAACUAGGACCUGAGCCAUCCCCUCAGCUACAGACUAGUUUGGCGAAGCUGCUGAUGGUGAGUAAAUUCUACUCAGAACACCGCUGGAAAAUGUCACCGUCCUGCAGGAAGAUCUCUGCGUGGACGUAAUCACAUGGACCAGCCAUUGUCCAGAUCAGCAACCACAGGUCCCAAGGACCUCUGCUCCCAAAAUCCCUCUAGGCUGAGAAAGGAGCGCACAGCACCAGGGCGGCUGGGAGGUGGUCAGGGGUGCAAGGCAGACAUCCUGUGCAGAACUUUCUGGGCUAUGGAAGUGAGUGCAGAGUACGCGGUGCUCUUGGGAAAUUCCUGGAUGAAAUCACGGCCCUCUUCUAGGCUCCUGGUAAGCUGGGGAUCCAGGGGAACAGAGCCU